AUGCUUGGCGAGCGCGGCUGCCUGCUCCUCACGUGCGCCCUGAUCACCGGCGCUGGCGUGUGGUACAGCUCCCGGCCCACGCCCGAGUACUUCCACUCCGAGAACUGGUGGAUCGAGAAGGAGCUCCGGGCGCUGCCAGAGUCGCACGGCCCGGGCCACGGCCGCGUGGUGCUGCUGACCGGGAUGGCGGGCUUCGUGGGCUACCACACGGCCAGGCAGCUGCACGCCGACGGCGACGCGGUCAUCGGCCUCGACAACUUUAACCACUACUACGACGUGCGGCUCAAGACGACGCGCGCGGCGCACCUGCGCGAGGAGGCGGCGGCGGGCGGCGCGUACCUGCGCCUGUUCGAGGGGGACGUGUGCGACGGGGAUCUGCUCGAGCUGCUGCUGCGCUCGGGCCGGGCGGGCGUGCGCUACUCGCUCAAGAAGCCGCUGGCGUACGUCGAGGCGAACGUGCGCUGCUUUGUUACGCUGCUCGAGGCCGUCAAGACCGUCAACAAGUCGAUUCCGAUCGCGUACGCCUCCUCGUCCUCCGUUCCCUUUUCGGAGAAGCAUCGCAUCGACCAGCAGGCGUCUCUCUACGGCGCGACAAAACAGUCCAACGAGCGGAUCGCGCACGUGUACCACCACCUCCACGGCCUCAAGCUCACCGGCCUCCGCUUCUUCACCGUCUACGGCCCGCUCGGCCGGCCAGACAUGGCAUACUUCUCCUUCACGCAGGCGCGGCACACCGCCCCGCCGCAACACACCGCCCCGCGCCCACUUGCCCCCGGCGCCCGCGGAUGCGCAUCCGCCGCUGAAGAAUACCCGGACAACACGCAGGGCUGGUGCCCGGGAGGCUCUUCCGGUUUCUUCUCAUGA